CAAUCCAGUCGAGGGCAGCGGCAACAAGGGAGCCACUUUCAGAAAGGAUCCUUUCGAAUACCACCCUGGUGGCUCCUCUAGCGUACCUCAUCAUGACAUCUCUCAGGUUUUCUCUUAAUGAAGGAGGGACGAGGUUGAUGCUGGGGAAACUCUACGCUGGGCCUCUCUACCCAUGAUCAGUGCCUAUCGUAGCUGAGCAUAGACGCAGAUGUGACUCCGGGAUUAUUAAUAUCUCCACCAUGAAAACACUUCUAGUAAUGGGACGGUGAUCAGAAGCGGUGUCACUAUUUUGAUCACAACGGCUACGAUCACCUUGGACAGCCCAUUUUAGCGAGUUGUUCAUUUCGAGGUUUUCAACGUACAUAAGAAACGGACCUUUCCUAAAAUGGGCUCUUUUCAUCAAAGUAAGCGGUCAGAUCGCAAGCGAUACACUGUGGAAGUAAGUUUUAGCGAGGGAGAAGUUGAAGAUGACGAGCGGCCGGAGGAGGCUAGCACUUCCACUAAGGAACCCAUGGCUCCUGUUGCUGGCCCCUCUGCUACUUCUACUGCUGCCUGUCCAAUUCCCCCUCUCAAUUCUGCCACUCCUCUUGGUCCUGGAAGAUUCCAUGGUGCUGGUGCUGUUGGUGUUCCUGCUUCUCAAGAUUGUGGUGUUCCUGCCACUCGAGGUCGUUCAAGUGGUUCGGCUGGCCGUAGGAGUGUGCGUGGUCGCACUCGUACUCCUGCUCGUGCCCCUUUCAAAUCUUAUAAUGAUCAUGAUGUAAGCAAUCCCAUUCCUCCUUUUACUCCUUCAAGGCCAGCUGGAAUCCAUUUUGAGCGGCCUCAACUCAGGAGCACCAUGAAAAAGGCGGUAGAGUUUUUUAACCUAUUUUUUACAAUUGAAAUGAUAAACAAUAUAGUUGCACAUACAAAUAGUUAUGCUUGGGAGCAUAUAUUUUCUGGGUCCCAUCAGAGUUAUACAAGCCCUGAUGGUAGUUGGAAAGAGACCACAGCUGAUGAAAUAAAGCGGCUGAUUGCUCUUAUCAUUUAUAUGGGGCUUGUUAAGAUUGGUGAUGUUGACAAGUAUUGAAGCAUAAA